AAGUUGUUGCGAAGUCGCUUUUGUAUUUUGCGUUUUUGGUUUAAUAAACGUUAUUACUAUAGUCUGCCAAGUGUCAACUAAGUAGACAUGGCGGAACUGGGACUAAAUGAGCAACACCAAUCGCUAAUUAUGACAUAUAUCAGAUUCGCUAAGCAUCAGCGUGCACAAAAUUUGAAGGCAGUGUAUUGUGCAUUCCAAGACGUAAUAGAAUCUAGGCUGUCGGAGGAGACGUACACUGCGGAGGAGGUGCGGGAGCUGCUGUGCGGGCUGCGCGAGGCGGUGCGCGCCGACGUGGAGGCGGAGCUGAUGAGCCAUGGCCGCGCCACCGCGCUGCUGCUUCGCCAGCUGCUGGCCCAGGCCGAGCGCUGGCACCUGCGCCUCUCCGCCGACAUGUCACAGCUGCAAGACAGAGAGCAACUGGAGCAGGUGGCAGCACUGGAGGAGACAGGAGUGGCUCCUGAGCGGCCGCUGCCGGCUGGCGGACGGCUGGCCCCGCUCGGCACAGAUAGUGGCCAGGACAUAGGCGGGGCAUCUGCUGCGCUGCUGACCGCAGAGGUGCGGCGACUGGAGGCACACUGCAGCUCCCUGCAGGAGCAGCUGGAGGAGGCUCACCUCCUGGCUCAGGUUAGGCAGCAGCAGAUAAUCCGCCUGAACGACGAACUGGACUCUGUGAGAGAGAAGCUCGCCGUGGCUGCCGCCUCUUCUCAACUCGCCAAGGAACAGCAGGAGGCCACGGUCCGCAGUGACCGCAUCCCCGAGCUGGAGGAGCAGAUCUCACAGCUAUCUCUCAGUCUGUCAGACAGUGAAACUGUGAGAACCGAUGUUGAGCACCAGCUGGCGGACACGAGGGAGGAACUCGAGGCUAUGAAGUCGAGACUGACACUGGCGGAGAAGGAACUGGAAAGCAAAUUCAGUGAGACGACAGCUUACACUAACAUGAAGCGUAUGCUUGCGAGCAAGAAUGAACAGUUGCGUGAGCUGCGAUUGAGGCUGCGUGCCCUGGGAGAAGGAGGAGGCAAGAGCAGUGUAGCUGUUGGCGAUGCUGAUGCUGAGGGAGAAAUGUCGGAAGACGAAAACUGAGUUGGGAGUGGAGAGAUAUCACCUCAUAUUGCAUUGAGACCUGAAAAUGGAAUGUGGAUGUAACAGGUCUCUGACUGUAGUACUUAAUUUUUAGAAGUGUUAUCUCACUAGUGUUACAUAGUAGUCAAACAAUCUGUGUGACUUUUUGCUACCACAGUAUUUGUGGAAAAUUUGGCUUAUAUUCUUUAAGUAAUUGUUAUAAAUAAAAUAGAAAGAAACUUCCACGUGGGAAAAAUAUAUUAAAAACAAAGAUUCCAAGACUUACCAACCGAUGGUUGCUUCGUCAGGAAAGUGCGAAAGCUAGUAAUUCUGUGUGUGUGUUUGUGUGUUUUGUUCAUUGUGCCUGUCUGCCGGCGCUUUCCCGCUUGGUAAGUCUUGGGAUCUUUGUUUUUAAUAUAUUAAGUAAUUGUUAGUUGCACAUAAAAAUGCUUUGCACCGCUGAUUGAUUAUAAGUCUAAAAUGUGUGAGGAAAUCAUUGUAUCUCCAAAAACUUUAUUUAAUAAAUAAAAUACCUGAUCCUCA